GUGUGUGUGUGUGUGUGUGUGAGGUUGCACUUCAACAAUUAACUGCUACAGCUCAUGACAUUAUCGAGCGCAAACACAGGUCAGGUAAAUGCAUGUAACAUUCUCACAUGUAAGACAAAAACUGGAUCAAUUUGACUUGCUUUCACCCUUUUUGCAGACCUGCAGUAGGAAUUCCAUGUGGUAUGUGUAUUGGGUUUCAGUGAGGAGACAUAAUCCCCACCCCGCUUACAAACCCACCCCUACUUCACAACCAACCUAGUCCUCCUCACUUCUUUAUUUCCAGAGAGGAAAGAGCAAAUAAUGGGACACUGAGUGGGGCUGCAGCUUUGAAGAGAAAGAGCUUUUUUUUUCUUCCCUAGAGGAGUUCUUGUUGUGGAAGUAAAUGCAACACAGCGUACAUUGUGCAAAUAGAAAAGCUUCAGAUCUGCGGGAGCAACUGAGAGAACGUCUUAACAGCAACACAAAAGCCAGUGUGGAGGAAGAGAACUCCCAGCGAUGAAUACAACCACUGUCGUCAGUGCGCUUUUGUUCCUGCUCCACAUUUCAUCUCAAGAUGCAGAAGCACAUAGGCAGCUCAGACAAGUUUCUACUGGAAACCAACCAGGUGUGUGUCGCUAUGGCAGGAGGCUGGAGUGUUGCUACGGCUGGAAGAAAAAUCGCAGAGGCCAGUGUGAGGCUCAGUGUGAGCCAGGCUGCAAGCACGGCGAAUGCGUUGGACCCAACAAAUGCAAGUGCUUCCUGGGAUACACUGGAAAAACAUGCAACCAGGACUUGAACGAAUGUGGCUUGAUCCCUCGUCCGUGUGAACAUCGCUGCAUGAACACCCAUGGCAGUUACAAAUGUUACUGCCUCAACGGAUACACCUUGAUGCCUGAUGGAUCUUGUGGCAAUUCCAGGACCUGCUCGCUCGCUCAUUGUCAGUAUGGCUGCGAGGAAGUUCAGGGCGAGAUUCGCUGCCUCUGCCCCUCUGUGGGACUGCAGCUGGCAGCAGAUGAGAGGACUUGCGUAGAUAUUGACGAAUGUGCGACUGGAAGCAACCUGUGUCCAUAUAACAGGCAAUGUGUGAACACAUUCGGCAGCUAUUUCUGCAAGUGCCGGGAUGGAUUUGAUCUGAAAUAUGUAGAUGGAAAAUAUGACUGUGUAGACCUUGACGAGUGUGCAUCCAGCACCAACAAGUGCAGCCGUCAAGCUGUCUGUCUGAACACUCAAGGAUCAUACAAGUGCAGGUGCAAGUCAGGCUUCCGAGGCAAUGGCUUUGAAUGCUCCGUCAAGCCGUUUUAUCAGAGGUCAUGGAAUGGAAAGAAAGACAGGGCAGAUCAUGUCCUCAAUGCCAUACCAGACUCCGAAGAAAGGCCGGGACAUCUGGGCGGUAAACUUGAGAAUGAGAGAAUCAAAAACAUUAUCCCUGAACCAGUUGCAACCCCGCGCACGAGAACACACCAGCAGCCAUUUGACUAUGCCGGAGAGAUCCACACGGGCGAUCCAACUGUGGAGACGCCAGUGGAUGAGUUUCCCGAGGAAGAAGAAGAGGAAGAGGAAGAAGAAGAAGAGGAAGACAACCAGCUUAAUCCAAGAGGAGAUGUUUUCGCAUCCGAGGACUUUGAAUCAGUUUUUGGUCCGGCCAGAGAGGUCAAACAGUUUGAAACAGCGCCACCUCAGGAAGAGUUUAUCAUGGACUGCAACUUUGAUCAGGGAGCAUGUGAGUGGGUUCAAGACAAGACUGAUGACAUGGACUGGAGCGUCGCUUAUCAUGGAAGAGGGGCUGAGUACUACAUGUCUAUGAGUGGUCUACUUGGGGAGGAGGAGGACGUAGCUAAGCUCAAAUUGCUGCUCAGUGAUCGAACCACACAGGGCAGCUUCUGCCUGACCUUCAACUAUCGUGUGGUGGGUCAUAACGUGGGCACGCUCAGGGUGCUGCUGGAUAAUAACGCUUACCCGGUUUGGGAGCAAAACCACAGCAGGAAUCAGGAAUGGCAGACGGAGCUCCUCACUGUGGCCUGGAAAGAGGAAGCACCACAAUCAAUCAUCUUUGAAGCUCAGCGUGGGAGACACGUUGGAGGGGAGAUCGGGCUGGACAAUGUUGUGUUGACCUCGGGGCCGUGUCAAGAAGAUGACUCUCCGAUCUUUUAAGAAUCAAAUGUAUCAAAGUCAUAUCGACAAUGUUUCAAAAAGUUAAGACAUUCUAAGAGCCAGUGAUUGCAUAUUAGCUGAAAUGGGAUGGCCUGAUUUUUUAUAAAAAUCUUAAAAUACUGAAAGGCCAACACUUGAUGGUCAAGUUCAGUCAUUAUGUAUAAUAGAUUGCUUUAAGAAUAUUUUUUGUUGUGUAAUUUGAAACUUGGUGUGACAUCAAUAGUUAGGCUAGUUUGUAUGAUUUUAUCAACAUUAUCUGUGGAUUAUUGCUGUAAAUUCUGCUUUCACAUCUCUCUGUAGUUUUACAUUAAAUCUCUUGUUUUAUA